UCCCCUUGGGAGAUUGCCGAGGGACCGGUCAGACCGGAGCCCGUUUCCUUCCUGGUUCCUGUUCCAGCCCCGAUGCCUCCCCGCGGGGCCGGGGCCGGGACCAUCAGCGGGUUGUUGCGCCCGCCAGGCUCAGCCCCGUGAGACGUGAGUUUCCUCUGGCGGCCUCAACGCCCCAGGAGAGGACUGGAGACGGCUCCGCGGGGUUGCGGGGACACGGAACGUAGGGACGUCAGAGUUCUUCCCAGGGGCGGGAUGAGAGUGGGCAAGGGAGGUGUCUGGAUCCCAGCUGACUCAGCUGACUGCACAGCAGCGUCACUCCCAGGCCCAGGCACCCAGCCCUGAGCCAUGGCACUUCUCACCCACCUUCUGGCCUGUGCCUUUGGCAUGGGCUCCUGGGUGGCCAUCAAUGGGCUGUGGGUGGAGUUGCCACUGCUGGUGACGGUGCUGCCAGAGCAGUGGUACCUGCCCUCGUACAUCACCAUCAUCAUCCAGAUGGCCAACGUGGGACCACUCUUCGUCACCCUCAUGAAUCGCUUUCGGCCUGGCUUGCUGAAGGAGGUGGCUGUUAUCUAUGCAAUUGUGUCCGUGGGUGUCAUGGCCUGCUUGCUCCUGGCUUUCCUCUGGAACCACACGUCCCUCAUUUCUGGGACGUCCCACAGCAUCCCCUUCCUAGUCCUUACCUUCUUCCUGGCCCUGGUGGACUGCACCUCCUCUGUCACCUUCCUGCCCUUCAUGAUGCAGCUGCAGCCCCAGUACACAUCCACCUUCUUCAUAGGCGAAGGGCUCAGUGGGCUGAUCCCUGCUCUCAUUGCCCUGGGCCAGGGCUCUGGUAUCUCCAGCUGCACCAAUGUCAGCUACGAGGUCAACAUCACCACUGGCAAUGAGACCGUGGAGAGCACCAUUUUCCAUCUGGAGUCACGCUACCUCCCACCCAAGUUCUCCACCCUCAUCUUUUUCCUGCUCAUGACUGCAAUGAUGCUGACCUGCUUGCUGGCCUUCUUCUUCCUCACCCGGCAGCCCAAGGUGUGGGAGCUCUCUAAGCAGCACCUCUUUUCCAGCAACAUCGUGCUGAACUCAUUUGACCAGGUCCUUCACGAGGGACCUGACUUGCAGCUGAGCAGAGGCUGCUCAUGCUCAAAGGAUCUCAAGGGACCUGGGGACAUCCUGCCGCAGAAGUUCUCCUACUCCUUAACCAAGCUCACCCUCAUCUACCUCCUCAUCGCCUGGGUGAGUGCCCUGACGAACGGGGUCCUGCCAUCUGUGCAGUCCUACUCCUGCCUGCCCUAUGGACACACCACCUAUCACCUGGCAGCCACGCUCAGCUCCAUGGCCAACCCCUUCGCCUGCAUCGUGGCUAUGCUCCUGCCCAGCAGGUCCCUGACCCUGAUGGGCAUCCUCACCAUGGCAGGGACAGGCUUUGGUGCCUACAACAUGGCCAUCGCGGUGAUGAGUCCCUGCCCACUCCUCCAGCAGUCCCAGUGGGGCGAUGCCAUCAUCAUCCUCUCCUGGGUGCUGUUCACUGGGACGCUCUCCUACGUGAAGGCGAUGGCCGGGGUGAUCCUGCGGAGCCGCAGCCACAGCGCGCUGGUGUGGUACGGGGUGCUGGAGCAGCUGGGCUCCCUCCUUGGGGCGCUGCUCAUGUUCCCCCUUGUCAAUGUCUACAGCCUUUUCAAAUCUGCUGACUACUGCAGCCUGCAGUGCCCAGAAUGAGUGGGGUGGGCACCCCAAGACCGCUGCUCUUGCCAGCAUGAACUCCCAAAAUCAGCGAGGCUGGCUGGCCUGGAAGCAGCAGUGGGACCAGGAUGGUCUGGGACCAGCUCCCUGAUGGGCUCUGCCAGGGAGCAGCAUCUUCAGGGAUUUGUCCCACAGGGUGUUCCCGUCAUGUGAAAGCAAUAGAAGGUGUUUUACUCA